AUGAAGAAGAAGACGGCAGUGAACACCAAGUCGGUGGACUCAGCCCAAGCAGGGCCGUUAGCACGGUCGGACGAUGCUGUGAUGAUCGCCUACCACCGACGCAAGCUGUACACCAUCUCGGCAAGCGACCCCGUCGCGGAUUUUUUUGGGAUCCAGCUGCUUGGACAGCUAGGGGGACCGGUGGUACCCCUAUCGCGCCUCCGGACGGUCACCGAGGUGUUCACUACGCUGAUAACCCUCCUCCGCAAGACAAUUAUGACUACAGGAAGCGUCGAGCCAAGCACUUUGUUCGACGUAAAUUUCAACAGUAUCAAGAGCAUGUUGGAGAAGAUGCACAAGCGAUUAACAAUUCUGGUUGGGACCACUACCAGACACGACAACGUACCACCAGCGCAACCAAUACCGACGCCGUCUCGCGACAGCCAUAUGACGCUCUAA